GCCCGGGGGCUCCGCAUGCUGCAACUGCCCCCGGGCGCCCCCGCCGCCGCUCGCCGCGGAGCCGCAGGGAGCCGAGGCCACGAGUUAACCCAAGUCGUAGGACCGGAGCCAGCCGGCGGGCGUCCGGGAGGCGGCGGCGCAGGGAGGGGCCGGACGGCGCACGUGGCCCCGGCGGCCGCCAUGGCGGACAGCGGCCCCGCUGGGGGCGCGGCGUUGGCGGCCCCUGUUCCCGGGCCGGGCAGUGGCGGCCCAGGGCCCCGAGUCUAUUUUCAAAGCCCUCCUGGGGCUGCAGGCGAGGGUCCGGGCGGCGCGGAUGAUGAGGGCCCGGUGAGGCGCCAAGGAAAGGUCACGGUCAAGUACGACCGCAAGGAACUACGGAAGCGCCUCAACCUGGAGGAGUGGAUCUUGGAGCAGCUCACUCGCCUCUACGACUGCCAGGAAGAGGAGAUCCCAGAGCUAGAGAUUGAUGUGGAUGAACUCCUGGAUAUGGAAAGUGAUGAUACCCGGGCUGCCAGGGUCAAGGAGCUGCUGGUUGACUGUUACAAACCCACUGAGGCCUUCAUCUCUGGCCUGCUGGACAAGAUCCGGGGCAUGCAGAAAUUGAGCACACCCCAGAAGAAGUAAGGGUCCCUGACUCAGGUGACCAGUGGCUCCCACAGGACAAUCGCUGCCCCCUGACCUCGUAGCAACAGCAAUACCAGGGGGCCCUGCAGCCAGGCCUGGUGCCAUGAGCAGGGCUCCCUGUUCCCCUGGCCCAGGGGCCUCUCUUCCCUGCCCCCUCAGUUUUCUUGGGGGUUUUUUAUUGUUAUUAAACUGAUGGGACUUUU